CGAGUAAUAAUGGCGUGUGGUUCAUCAGCUAGAGAGGAGGCGAGGCCGGUGCCAGUUGGGAGGAGUUAGCUCUCCCACCUCCCCAACCGUACGCCUUCAUUGUUAUUGUUCUCAUCGCCCCAAUCGCCCCAGCUCUCCGCUUCCUGCCCGUAUAAAAUCACAUCCUCGCCUUGCCCUCUCUUCCUGCUACGAGCCCAUAGCCGAAACCCCUACCCGUUUCUCGCCGUUCUCCGCCUCGGACUCUCUAGCUUGUCGGCGGAUCUGGAGCGAAUUCGCCGAGGGGAUCAAAAGGGUCGUCGUUUUCCUUCAUUUGGUGAAGUGGGUCGGUCUCCAACAUGAAGGUCUCCGUCGUUUCGCGCAGUGGCCGGGAAUUGAUUAAGGGCGGCCUCGAACUCAGUGAUUCGGCCACUGUGGCUGAUCUGCAGGAGGAGAUUCAUCGCAGGACCAAGAAAUUCCAUCCUUCAAGACAGCGGCUAACACUCCCUCUCCAGCCUGGAUCAAAGGAGAAGCCUAUCAUUCUUAACUACAAAAAAAGCCUUAAAGAUUACACUGAAGGAAACACAUCCAAUUUUACUGUUGUAUUCAAGGACCUUGGAACACAGGUUUCUUACCGUACUCUUUUCUUCUGGGAGUACCUUGGUCCCUUGAUCCUCUAUCCCAUCUUUUACUUCUUUCCUGUGUACCGUUACUUUGGCUACCAAGGGGAGCGCAUCAUCCACCCAGUACAGACUUAUGCUCUGUACUACUGGUGUUUCCACUACUUCAAACGAAUUAUGGAAACAUUUUUCGUGCACCGUUUCAGCCAUGCAACCUCACCCCUUUCUAAUGUUUUCCGGAACUGUGCCUAUUAUUGGAGUUUUGGGUCAUACAUUGCUUAUUAUGUCAACCAUCCACUUUACACCCCCCCUGUUAGUGACCUCCAAAUGAAGAUUGGCUUUGCCUUUGGGUUGCUUUGUCAAGUUGCAAACUUCUAUUGUCAUAUCUUGCUGAGGAAUCUUCGGAGCCCAGCUGGGAAUGGAGGAUAUCAAAUUCCUCGUGGCUUCUUGUUCAACAUUGUUACUUGUGCAAACUACACUACAGAGAUUUAUCAGUGGUUGGGUUUCAACAUUGCGACACAAACCGUUGCUGGAUAUGUCUUCCUUGUGGUCGCUACUUUUAUCAUGACCAAUUGGGCCCUUGCGAAGCAUCGCCGCUUGAAGAAGCUGUUCGAUGGAAAGGAAGGAAGACCGCGAUAUCCACGGCGUUGGGUGAUCCUACCUCCCUUCCUGUAAGGAUACCAACAAUAUGUCAGCACCUGCAUUUAGUUGUGGUUUGAUUCCGGAUCAGUUCAUUAUUUAGUCAGCAGUGCUAGACAAUCUUUGUAAUCCAACCGAAUUAGUUUUGUCUAGCUAUUGCUCUUCUUCUCCUUUCAUUAGAUUACAUGGAUAAUGGCAUAAACCUUAUGGGUUCAAUAUCCCAUGGGCAAGGUUCUCGAUUGAUCUUCAUAUGUUAUCGCCUGUUCCUAUCUUUUU